UUUAAUAAGCCUAAAGACAGUGGGGUUUGGUUCUAUCGAGUCCAAGGCCGAGGAUGGCUUCUGCGGGUCUCAAGCGCGAAGAGCAGACAACCAAUGAAGAGAACCAUACUAGGAAGAGCAAUGGCACCACAACUUACUUCGACGUGUACGGACCUAACGAAAAAGCAGAUGUUAUUUUCAAAACUCCUGCAUCUGACUCAACAUUGAAUCUAUUAGACAUUCAGGGACUUGUCACCUGGGUGCUUGGAGAAGGAUUUAUGCCAUCCUGGGUCUUUAUCAAAAACAAGCCACUGAUUCCGAAAGUAGUCAUGCUUUAUGUCCCAGGCCUUGAUGCUGCGUUGUACAUGUCUCAGUCAAGCCUACUUCUUGGUCUUAAAGAAAAUUGUGGCAAUCCAAAGGCAGUUUUAGCUCUUAGCUGUGUAUCAGAUGAAAUGCUGACAAUUAAUGAACUUCUAACUUGCAAACUGAAAAGAAAGCGUGAGGAGAUCAAUGCAUUUUCCAAGAGUACUGAACAAGUAAGUAAAGAGCAAAUGAAGGAUCCGCCAUUUCCAGUUUCUUAUUACACACUUACAGCAAAAGAGCUAGAAGAUAAUGGGUACUGUUUAACUCAACCGGAUUUUAUCUCCACUCUUCCUUCUCCAUUGGGAUCUCUCCCUUAUGAAAUGUUGGCGCUUGACUGUGAGAUGUGUGUCACUGCCAAUGGGUUUGAACUCACAAGGGUGACACUAGUAGAUGUUGAAGGACAGGUUGUAUUCGACAAAUUGGUUAAACCUUCCGAUGCUAUUCUUGACUAUAAUACAAGGUAUAGUGGAAUAACAUGUGAGAUGCUAAGUGGGGUCACUACAACCCUGAAAGAUAUUCAGGAAGAGUUUUUAAAGCUUGUUUACAAAGAGACCAUCCUAGUGGGGCACUCUUUGGAGAAUGACCUAAUAGCUUUAAAGAUCUCCCAUAAUUUGGUGAUUGAUACUGCGGUAUUGUACAAAAACCCGCGUGGUGUACGUUACAAGACUGCUUUAAGAGUGCUUGCGCGGAGAUUUCUUUCUAGGGAGAUACAGACAUCAGGAAAUGGACACGACAGUAUUGAAGAUGCAAGAGCUACAAUGGAAUUAGCACUGUUGAAGAUUAGACAUGGGCCUGAAUUUGGUUCACCACCAUCAUUCAUGCGUAAGAAAUUGGUUACUGUUUUGAGCGAGAGUGGCAAGACCUGCUCUUUUAUUGAUGAUAUUUCCUUGGUGAAGCGGUAUGCUGCUGGAUCAUGCCAUGCAUUUCCUAUAUCUUCAGAUGAUGAAGCACUUGCAAAGGCCAGCAAGGAGGUGAAGAAUGAUAAUGUACACUUUGUUUGGACCCAAUUCUCGGAGUUGAAUUCCUAUUUCCGGAGACAAGCAGAGGAUGUGGACAAAUUGAAUAGUAAAGUUGCAGAAAUGAUAUCAUUGCUUACAUGUCACAAGACAUCUAAAAGAUGUAAAGACAUCAAAUACUCUGUGACCCCUGAAUUGAAGGACAUACUUACUCGUAUGGAUGCUCGUAUCCGAAGCCUCUAUGCUAGGUUGCCAACAAAUGCUAUGCUUAUUGUUUGUACUGGUCAUGGAAACACAGCAGUUGUCCAAAGAUUGAGGAAAAUGAUCACAGAGCAGGAAGAGACCACAAUUUGCCGUGAGAAACUUGUAAGGGUAUUGGAAGAGCUCCAGGCCCAAGCUGAAGUAGCUCUAUGUUUUGUUGCUGUGAAGCAUUGAUCUCUAGACAAUUUCUAAUUAUCGGUCUUUGUGAUGUGCUGUUUCUG